AAGAAUAAAUUCUUUAUAUUAAAAAAAACGUUUAAAGACCUUUUUAAUAAAGGGUUUAUCUAUAUUAGUAAUUCUUUAAUUAUGAUACUAGUUCUCUUCGUUUGGAAGUUAGGAGGAGGUUUACGGUUCUACUAUAACUAUCGGGCUUUAAACGCUAUUAUAAAAAUUGACCGCUAUCCCUUACUAUUAAUUAAAGAGACU